UCAGCGGCAAUGGCGACGGGAUGGUGGAGGAGGGGAGCAGCCUAACGGGGCGGAGACAGGAGUAGCAGACCCAGGAGCCGGCAGAACGGAGACGUUGGGGGAAGCGUUCUCUGUCUUUCGCACUUGGUCGCCUUCAUUUUCCACCCCCUCCUUCAGGCUGAGUUUCGCUGCCUGGCCGGUGGGCCAGCCGGGUGAAGCUAUGGUGGCCAAGGCAGCGAGGACCCCGUUUUAACUCAGCUGACCCGGGAUCCGGACCGAAUUGGCCGGCCGAGAAGCGAGCGAGCGGGCGGCGGCGCCAUGCAGGCGGAGGAGCCACUGAUGGAGAGCGAGAGUUUCCUGCGGACUGAGGUCGAGCGGCUGAACCGGGAGCUGAGCGAAACAACCCAGGAGAAGAUCCAGGCGGCCGAGUACGGGCUGGUGGUGUUGGAGGAGAAGCAGAGCCUCAAACAACAGUAUGAGGAUCUGGAGGGCGAGUAUGAGACAGUCAGACAGGAGUUGGAGCAGCUCCGAGAGGCUUUUGGUCAGGCAUACAGCAACCAGAAGAAAGUAGCAGCUGAUGGAGAGAGCCGUGAGGAGUCCUUGAUUCAGGAGUCCGCUUCUAAAGAGGCAUAUUACGUUGGGAAGAUUCUGGAGCUGCAGACAGAACUUAAACAGUUGAAAAAUGUUCUCACCAAUGCCCAAUCUGAAAAUGAUCAUCUUGCUUCAAUCACACAACAGCUAAAAGAGAGCAGUCAAGUCGUGGAGCUCCAGAGGAAUCGCCUACGUGAUGAUAUUAAAGAAUAUAAAUUCCGUGAAGCAAGGCUUUUGCAAGAUUACUCUGAGCUUGAAGAUGAAAACAUCUCUCUUCAGAAACAAGUCUCUGUACUUAAACAAAACCAGGUUGAAUUUGAAGGUCUUAAACAUGAAAUUAAAAGACUUGAGGAAGAUACAGAAUUCCUGAAUAGCCAAUUAGAAGAUGCCAUCAGACUGAAAGAAAUAGCAGAACGCCAACUUGAAGAAUCCCUGGAGACGUUGAAGAAUGAGCGUGAGCAGAAGAACAAUAUGCGGAAAGAAUUAUCUCACUAUAUGAAUAUCAAUGAUUCAAUGUAUACUAGUCAAUUGAAUAUAUCUCUGGAUGGACUGAAAUUUAGCGAUGAUGGCAAUGAGCCGAACAAUGAUGAAAUGGUUAAUGGUUAUGAAAACAACAGCCUCAGCAAAAUGAAUGGUGAUAAUAAGCUCCCCACUCCUAAGAAAAAUGAUGUCUUUAAGCCAGCACCAAGUUUGGUGUCCGAUUUGCUAAGUGAACUGAAUAUUUCUGAAAUUCAAAAACUGAAACAGCAGCUGAUGCAGGUGGAAAGGGAGAAGACCACCUUACUCGCUACUCUGCAAGAAUCCCAAAAGCAGUUGGAACAUGCAAGAGGUGCUUUGUCAGAACAGCACGAAAAAGUUAGCAGACUCACCGAGCAUGUCAGUGCUAUGAAGAAACUGCAGGCUAGCAAAGAACGACAAACUUCACUUGAUAAUGAGAAAGAGCGAGACAGUCAUGAAGAUGGAGAUUACUAUGAGGUAGACAUAAAUGGACCUGAGAUUCUGGAGUGCAAGUACAAGGUAGCAAUAGCUGAUGUAAAUGAACUGAAGGAAGAACUGAAAAGUCUAAAGACCAAGUACACUGACAAUGAGAACAAAUAUGAGAAAGAGAAGGCAAGAAAUGAAAGUGAAAUUCAAGUAUUGACAGAAAAACUUGCAUUACUGGAAAAAACUAAUAAACAGGACCGGGACCAGGUAAUCUGCCUCGAAAAGGAACUGAAGAAAGUGAGUGAGGUAGCUGAAGGAACCCAAGGUAGCUUGACUGUUGCUCAAGAUGAACUGGUCACUUUCAGUGAAGAAUUGGCAAAUCUGUACAACCAUGUUUGUAUGUGCAACAAUGAGACACCCAACCGGGUGAUUCUGGAUUACUUCAAGGAAGGCAAAGGUGUUCGUAGUAGUCCAGAAGGCAAAGAAAGAAGAUCACCAGUUCUGCUGACAAAGGGACUUUUUCCAGGAGAGAUGGGAAAAAUUGAAAAUGGUAACGGAGAGACUGUAUCAUCAUCUGGUUCACCUUUACCCUCCCCAAUGUCUUACUCCAGUGAUCCACGUAAAGAGCCAAUGAACAUUUAUAACCUGAUUGCUGUCAUUCGAGACCAAAUCAAGCACCUUCAAAAAGCAGUUGAUAGAUCAACAGAACUAUCCAAACAACGUCCUGCAUCACCUGAACUUGGGCCAGUGGCAGACAAAGACAAAGAAGUAUUUAUGGAUGAGAUCUUGAAACUGAAGUCCUUAUUAAGUACCAAGAGAGAGCAAAUAGCAACACUGAGGACAGUACUCAAAGCGAACAAGCAGACUGCUGAGGUAGCCCUUACAAAUCUAAAAAGUAAAUAUGAGAUCGAGAAAGCUAUGGUCACCGAGACCAUAUUGAAGCUGCGUAAUGAACUCAAGGCUUUAAAAGAAGAUGCUGCUACUUUCUCGUCCUUGAGAGCCAUGUUUGCAACAAGAUGCGAUGAAUAUGUACAUCAGCUCGAUGAAAUGCAGCGUCAACUUGCUGCUGCCGAGGAUGAGAAGAAGACUCUGAACUCUCUUCUUCGCAUGGCCAUUCAGCAGAAAUUGGCACUGACUCAACGGCUGGAGGACUUAGAAUUUGAUCAUGAACAGUCCAAGCGUGGCCGAACCAAGUCAUGGACCAAAACCAGAGCUAACAACCCCAGUGUAAGUCAUGUUCGCUCUUGUGUUGUCAGACAAGAGGGAGUAGUUGUCAGCAAUCAGAUGUAUUGCAGUGACAAGUACAAAAUCUGCUGUGAUUGAUUGUGAUAUACAGAGGAUUCACAAGAGGCUGGAUAGUAAAUAGGUGUAAUGCUUUGGUGUGCAGCACAGUAUUAAUGCCCUGUUUUCUUAGCAUUGCAAUAUGUUUAUCUGUACUGGAUUGUUAAUCGUAUGGAGAUGAAGUAACUGGAUUAGUGUGGCAUAUACAUGUUGUAACUUAUGGUAUUAAUUGUGAUACCUGUACAUUAUAUGGGAACCGUGGUCUUUGAGCUGUCAAUUCAUUCUAUCAGCUUGAUCCAACACCACUGUCUGAAGUCAGUAUAGUACAAAAGUUUUUUUUCCCAACCAGUUUAGUUUGCACUUCAUCUACCAGACAAAGGGUUAUGUUUAACAGUAUGCUUUGCAUAUGUUUACAGUAUUGAUAUAUGCAAAUUCAUCCCAACUCCAUUUAAACUUCAAUUUUGUUUUACCAAAAUUAUACUGGAGAUGAUGAGCAGUUUUAGAAAUGCUUCAAGAAUAAUUGUAAUUUCUUUCAAAAUGAAAAGGAUUAUGGAGUUUUAUAUUAAGUAUAGUAGGUCUGAAGAUUAUAUCCUGAGCAAGAGACUGAUUUUUGUUUUGUAUUCCAGUAUUGAAAACACAGCACAAUGCUUCAGUGUUAGUUCAUGCCACUGGUGCUUGCAGGCUAUGAAUUUGAAAAUGUCUCCCAUGUUUGUUUAUUUGAGCACAGGCAGUGUGGAACUCUCCGUUAUAUAUGAUAAUAUAGGACAUGGAGGAAGUCCUCUCAUUAAAUAUGAGUAAUUUAAAAGCUUGCACUGAACGUAUUAAUUUUUUAUUUCAUAAGAUUGUGCUUUGAAUUCAACAAAUUUGGUAACUGACAGCAGCUAUGUCUGUUAUUUACAUAGAACAGUACAGCACAAGAACAAACCUUUGACCCAUCAUGGCUGCACUACCAUGAUGCUAUUCUUAACAAUUCCAUCUGGCUGCAUAUGGUUCGUGGCCCUGUCUUCCCUGCCUGUUCAUGUGUCUGCCUAAAUGCCUCAUAAACUUUGCUAUUAUAUUUGCUCUGCCACCUCUCCUGGCAACAUGUUCAAGGUGCCUACCACCCUCUGACGUUAAAAAGAAAUCUUGCCUUGCACCUCCUUUAAACUUUCACCUUAAAGUUAUGUCCCUUGUAUCCGUACUCCUCAUAAUUUUACAUACUUCUAUCAGGUCACCCCCUGAGCCUCUGAUUUGAGUGAAAGCAAUCCAAAUUUGUAAAACCUCAUACACUCCAAUCUAGGCAAAAUCCUGGUAAAUCUCUUUUGCAUCCUGUCCAAAAUCUUCCUAUAGUGCUGUGACCGGAACUGCACAUAAUACUGUGAAUGUAGCCUAAUGAAAAUGUUAAACUGUUGCAAUAUGACUUGCUAACUUUUAAACUCGGUGCCCUGACCAUUGAAGGCAAGCAUACCAAACGGCUUCCUAACCACCUUUUCCACGUGUGUUGCCACAUUCGGGGAGGCAUGGAUUUACGCUCUAAGAUCCCUCUGCAUAUCAAUUUUCCUAAGUGUCCUACCAUUUACUGUAUUCUUUCUUGGUUUGACCUUCCAGCCUGCAUCAGCUCACUUGUCUGGUUUGAGUUAUAUUUGUCAUUUCUCACCCAAUUUUUCAACUAUAUCCUGCUGCCUUUGACAACAUCCUCACUGCUCACAACUCCUCUAGCAUUCAUGUUGGCAAACUUAAUGGAAGUUGAAGCAUUUUGAUGCUGUUGCUUUAAAUAAGCAUAAAAUGAAACACACAUAAUGGACUGAGGGUGCACCAAAUUUGGAAAUCUGUUAUCAAACAUAUGCUAUCAGUCACAAAUUUCCUUUGCCUAAACAGAAUCCCGCUAUUUCUCAUUGUCAGUAGCUUUGUGUUUUUAAUACCACCACAUUGCAUACAAGUAGCUGGAAAGUUUGUUUUAAUAUGAAAAUUAUAGGCAUUGCAUAUCUUCUGGUUCCAAAAAGGUAUCAUACUUUGACUUGGAAUAUUCAUACCUUGUGAUAUGUAAGCUUAAAUGUUUCACCAUCUUCUUUAAAUAAACUUUAUUCAUUUCCUCCUAUCCACUUUAAAAAGAUUUACCAUGAAAUAACUGUGUUAGAAAUGAAUUUAAAUUGUAGAUCCAGAUUUCUAAAUGAAUAAAGUUAAAAUAUUUUGUAUACUUAACUGGACACAGUGCAUCAAAAGACUGCAUUUGAAAACUGUUCUGAUCCCAGUUAAAACUUACUGGCAUUUAUGUAUUACUCACCGUUGUGGAGGUAGUAAGAAAUAGUUAUCAGUUUUAGAAACUGACUUCUAUUGUAAAGCCUUUCAUAUUAAAUACUUUUGAAGCAGCUGUGCGACCUAAUAUUUUCUUUAAAUGCACAGCAGUUUCUGUAGUAAUUGAUUUAGGCUACCGAUUUUAGACUAUGACUUCACAGACCAAAAUAAAAGAACAAGGUUUGUCCUUUUAGCUACACUCAAUGCAUUAUUACAAAUUAUUGUCUGUCAGAGAGCUUUCAGUCCUACUUUAAAGUAGGAUUGAAAGAUUUUUUUUCUUCAAAGCAAUAACUUAUGACACAGCAAGGAUAAUGAAGAGUUGAACACUUUGAAAUUUUGAAACAACCUGUGAUAAUGAACCGGAAAUUUGCCAUUGUUGAAAUCACAUAUACAAGUAUUUAUUAAAUUCAUCUUGGUUCUGUGCUGCGCAGUCUUUCGAAGGCCUUUGAUCUACUGGUAAUUAUCAUCUUUGCAUUGUGGGCUAAGCACCGGUGGUUUGAAUUAACCUAGCAUUUAGAUAUAUGACUUUAAACAUUUUUACUAUAUUUGAAGCAGGCAUAUUUGCUUCCAUAUUUCAGGAAACAUUUUAAUAAUGCAGUGAUUUCUGUUUUAGUAGUACCAAACAAAAUUUGAUACUUUAAGGCAGUUACGCAAAGCAACUUGGGCAAAUGUUCAAAAUGUAUCUCAAAUUAUAAUCCAAUAUUGUGAUAAGAUGUGCCCAAUUUGCUGAAAAGUUUAGAAUAUGCAUCUCUAGGUGUUAUCUAAUUGCUGUCAUGACACAGCACGUGAAAUCCAUAUAAUGCCUACCUCUGUAACAGACGGUCUAUCCUUUUGGCUUCUGGCUGCAUUUGCUACUGCUUUUAGAAGUCUACAUAUAAUGACCUGCAUGUCUCGCUUAUCUAAUGGCUUUGUAAACCAAUUCCUGUUAUAAAUGAUCUCUUUGCAUGGCCAAAAACAGGUCACUCAAUACUUGUGAGGUCAACUUCCUAUAAAUGGUUCUCAGCGUGUUAUAUGCUUUACAGUAAUCCAAAAUGGUCAGUUUUGAUCACUAACAGCCCACAGUUUUCAUUAACAGAUUAAUAUGACUAGCAAACCUUGUGCUAUGCAUUCUUCAUGAAUUGCUUCUUGUGCAAGUGGUAAUUUGUAAUAAGGGUUUUGGCUAAUUUUUUUUAUUUUCCCUUUUUCAGCGAUAAAAGUCCCGGAACAGGACUUUCCAGCCAAGAGUGCAGUUUAAAAAAAAGUGCUAGGGUAGUCGGUUGCACAAAAUGACCUAAUAGUGAAAAGAACACUAUUGAACCACAUUAAUAAUAGAGGCAGUAUAUUUGGUGCCUUUUGUUUUGCACUACAAGUUGCAAACAUGAACAAAAUUACAUUAAAAUGGCUGCUGCAGGAAGAGAAACUCACAAGUGUUGAAGAAAUAUUCAAUAAUUUGAUUAACAUUAUGCUUUAUGAUAUAAUACACAAUUUUGAGAUGUUAUGAUAUUCAUAUGUUUCCCAGUUACUUGUUUUUAAUCAGACGUUAUACCUGUGCACUUUGAUCUUUUUUAAUUAUUAGAAAGGUAGAAAAUGCUGGAGUUUGUGGAUAUAACUCUGCCGGUCGUGUCUUUACUUGGUGUGAUAGAGUUCUGCAUCUGCAUGCUGCAGAGGAGUCAAUUAUAUUUUUAACCUGUGCUCAAAUUAUAUUUUUACACACCGGAAUUUGUGCUUCAGCAUUUCCUCCAUUAGAAUUUUUGUUUUGCAUAUGUUAACUGCCACUUCUAAAUCCAGGGUGAUCCAAUUCUGGGGUUUUCUUGUAUAUUAUUCUUAGGAAUAGCUCAAUGUAACAAGGAAAAGAACUUGACUUUUUUUUCUGGUAAUGGUAAUAAGCACUUGAAAAGUAGUAUUACCAACAAAUUCCAGGAUUUCUGAGUUUUAAAUAUCAAGUAUCAUUGACUUAAUAGAAUUUUUUACAAGGCGCCAAAUAAAUUCCAUUUUGGAAUUGUUUCCUUAUUUCUUUUUUUUUUAAAUUGUGCCAAAACUUGGUACAACUAGAAGAAAAAUCUAAAAGAUUGUUUGUUGUGGGGUGUUCUGUUUCCAUGCCUUCAUUUUGUUAAUCCUGCCAGUAGUGCCUUUGAUGAUUUUAAACAGUGUGCUUGUUCCUACAAUUAUGUUUUUGUGAACUAAAAAGUAUUCGGAUUUCAAAAAGAAAGGAUUAAGCAAUAAGUGCAACUGAGAACCCCCCUUUUGCACACAAUUUCCAGUGUAGUCUUAAUUUUACAAAUAAAUUGUAUGAAAUUCUUCUAACUCGAUGAUACUUCUGAAAUGCAGAUUCAUGCAAAUUCAGGGGAUGCUAUUUUGGGAACCAAAUCAAAUGAGUUUGGACUCCUAACAGACAAUAAAUUGUAUUAACACAUUUGUGGUUACAGUACAGAUGACUGUAUCACACGUUAUCUUAGCUUUGGUGAUGGUCGCAAAUAACUGGUAUUGUUAGCAGAUGUGAAAACAUUAAGACAUUAACUUUCCUUACCAGCCGUAUAAUCAUUGUGUAAGUUCAGCAAACAGAAAAUAGAUGCUGCAUCAACAAACUAUAAACCCUGGAAUAAAGUGGUGAGGUUUGUUGAGGACAACUUCUGAUAAAUUGAUCAAAUUUAGAAGUAACUUUAAAUUAAGUGCAAUUUAAAUGAUGAAUUUUACAUUAUUGCAAAAAAUAUUUUCUGUUCGCUGGAAGAAUGGUGUAAUUCUUAUCCUUUUUGUUACAGUAUUGAUCAUAUGCUCAGUAACAUUAAAAAAUGUAUUUCAUGUGGGUAUUUAUUUGAAGCAAUUUUCACAGUACUGUAUUACUACUUACGUGCAUUAUCAUUUAGUGGCAGGUUGGCUUAAACAUAAUGUUAUAUGCAUGUGUGCCAGCCUAGAGACCUUUACACAGAUUUUUUUUUAUACAAUUAAUUGAAGAUUUUUAAAAUGUUUGGAACUAAAGGCUUGAUAGACUUUGGGAAAUAUUGAACAUUGAACUAGCAAACAUAUAAAACCUGACAGAAGGUUUUUUUGUACCAGGAUUAUAUCUGUGUAAAGGUAAUCCUAUUGGCUAUGUCAAUAAAUGUGAUUACCACUAAAA